UGUUACGCUUGGGAAAUUCCUUUGGCACCGCAACCGGAAAAGUGACGCCAGUGUAUACUCAAAAUCUAUAUUAUAAAAUGGAGGAGAAGAAUCAAGUCACGGAUCGUGAAGUGAAAAAAGUAGAAAAUGCUGAGAAAGAUAGUAAAACAAAAAGUUCCAAAAAACGUGAUCGGAAGAAAAAAAAUCAAGCAGCUAGUUCUGCUGGAGAAAAUCAUAAUGAGCUAACUACUCAGUCUGGAGAAAUGCCUGGAACGUGUUUCUCGAUAAAAGAAAUUCAGAUGGCUAUGGAAGUUUUUAAAUUACAACAUAAACCAGCAAAAACCCAAGAAGAAGCUAUGCAGAAGGCUUAUCAAUUUUGGAGCACUCAGCCAGUUCCAAAAAUGGAUGAAAAAAUCGUGGUGAAUGAACCUAUUGAACCAAAUAAAACGUCCAUCAGGCCAGAGCCAUAUUCUUUACCAGCUGAUUUUCAAUGGGACACUUUGAAUCUUGAUGAUCCACUUGUUCUGGCUGAACUUUAUACUUUGUUAUCAGAAAAUUAUGUCGAAGAUGAUGAUGCAAUGUUCAGAUUUGAUUAUCCGCAAAGUUUCUUAAAAUGGGCUUUGCAGCCUCCAGGAUGGUGUAAAGAAUGGCAUUGCGGAGUGAGAGUAUCAAAAAGUGGCCGAUUAGUUGGUUUCAUUUCUGCUGUUCCAGCAACGCUUCGAGUUUAUGACCAUAUGCAGAAAAUGGUGGAAAUUAAUUUUCUGUGUGUUCACAAAAAAUUACGCUCGAAACGUGUGGCUCCAGUAUUGAUAAGAGAAAUAACAAGGCGAGCUAAUCUCCAAGGAAUAUUCCAAGCUGCAUAUACUGCUGGUGUUGUCUUGCCAAAACCAAUAGCGGCGUGUCGUUACUGGCAUCGUUCCUUGAAUCCUAAAAAAUUAAUUGAAAUUAAAUUUUCGCAUUUAUCUCGGAAUAUGACUAUGCAAAGAACUUUGAAGUUUUAUAAAUUGCCGGAAAACCCGAAAGUGCCUGGUUACCGGAAAUUAGAACUAAAAGAUGUACCUCAAGCGCAUAAGUUACUGAAUGAGUACCUUAAAAAAUUUGACUUAGCACCGGUGUUUACGGAAGAAGAAUUUAAACAUUGGUUUUUACCUCAGAGUGGUAUAAUAAAUAGUUUCGUUGUUGAAAAUGACGGAAUAGUGACAGAUUUGGUCAGUUAUUAUACCUUACCAAGCUCAGUGAUGCAUCAUCAAACUCAUAAAACCUUACGUGCUGCUUAUAGCUUUUAUAAUGUUUCAACAAAAACGCCAUGGGUUGAAUUGAUGACAGAUGCUUUAAUAUCUGCUCGAAACUUGGAUUUCGACGUAUUUAAUGCAUUAGAUCUAAUGGAUAACAAAGAGUUCCUGGAGAACUUAAAGUUUGGCAUUGGUGAUGGUAAUUUGCAAUACUACCUCUAUAACUGGCGAUGUCCAAGUAUGACGUCCAACAAAAUUGGUUUGGUUUUACAAUAAGAAUAUUGUAAGCAUUAUAAUUAAAAAAUAACAACAGUUGAUUAAUAAAGCAAUUGAUAAAUAGGGAAUAAUACACAAGCAUCUUCAAAUUUUUCGAUAAAAUUGAUUAAAAGCAGAACAAUUCAUUACAAUAACAAAAAAAAAUUUUAAUUUUCAAUCGUGUUUUUCUAAAUAGAAAUUUUAUCAAAGUUUUUUUUUUUUUUUUUGGAUCUUAGUCGAAAGACUUAUUUAAAAGUAUCUGAUUUGUUUUACAAUGACGUGUUCUAAGAAUAAUGUAGAAAAACCAUAAUAAGGUAACAAAAAAAAUAGAAAGAUAUCAAAAUUUCUAUACAUAUUCACUUAUUUGCUAAUAAAUUUAAAGUCCAGUGUGUUACAAAUAUGUUUGUAAUUUAUAUAUUUAUUCGCUAUUGAAAAAAUAGAAUUAAAAUAAAAACAAAGUUAAUAAAAUGGUCAAUAAAUAAAUAAUGCGCAAAAAAUAAUUCAUAAGUUGUUGAUUUCAGAUGCUAUUCC